AUGGUACGUUUCCGCUUUUCUGCACUCGCGAAUCGUCUGCUUCCAGUGUCUGAGUCUGCAGUACCGGUAACUGGAUUAUCACAAGCAGUCAGUGCUCCGAGUAAAAUACUUCAUGAAUGUGAUGUAGCCAAUGUAAAGUGGAGUGUUGGUCUCGGAGGGCAAGAAAGUCAACAAGUUGGUUCAGUGCAUACAAGCACAAAAGCUUCUGCUGUUCCAGAUGUAACGGUGGGUGGAGGAACUACUGGUGGUGGAGUUGUUGGAAAGAAACCACCUCCUGUUCUUGAAUGGAAUCCACUUGUUCAUACCGAAUGGCAGCUUGGCGUUGGAGGACGUUUGUUGCCAAAAUUACCAGAAGGAACGAAAGUGGGAAAGCUUGUGAUGGGUAAAUAUGGUCUUUAUAAACCGGGAUUGCAUGAAAUAACUCAGCAAUUCUUUAUUAACACUGAGUUGAAAGGUAUGGCACCCGAAAACGCGUUACCUUUGUCUGCUCUUCUUACCAAGAUUGGUAAAAUCCUGAUGCUCGUACCAAUAUUAUCAGUCCUUCUCAAUCUUCCGACAAUAAUUGCACAGAAGCCAGUGGGUAUUCAUUCCGGGUACAUACCGCCAGGCCGAACCUAA